CGCAUUAGCAGCAAAGGACGCAUGAGCUCACCGCCCCUCAGAGGUCCACCGAGUGCCAUUGGUCAAAUGCACACGUAAUAGCCAGUCAAAGUGAACAAAAUACCUCGCGAAGACGGUCUGACCCACUGACAGCGGCGACCCUGCUGUAGUGGACUGACGCCGAGGCGAAAAAGUCUCUCAUUCAUCCGGUGUGAUCGCGGCCUUACGAUGGAUCAGACACGGAACCGUGAGCUGCUGAGCUUGACAGCCAUACUGACAACUGCUGCAUGCGGACUGGGAGCGCUGGUCGUACUGGUCAAGAAGUUCAGCUUGAACCAAGGGGAGAAUAAAAUCGUGAGAGCAAGACAACGACGGGCUGUGAGCCUGAAGGCGGCAGAGGAGGCUGUGCUCAAGUACAGAGAGGCGCAUCCGGGAACAGACGCUCCUGCCAUCCUUUCCCUCUCCUUAAGUGAGCUGACCAAGUGCUUGAGGGAUGGGUCUCUGAGCCCUGAGGAUGUGUUUUACUCCUACAUGGAAAAGACCUUAGAUGUAAACAAAAGGCUUAACUGCUGCACAGGGAUUUUGCUGGAGAGUUUUGACCAGCUGAAAACUGUCGGCUCCAGUAAGGAAGGUCUCUUGUACGGGGUCCCCAUCAGCAUCAAGGAAAACAUUGAUUACAAGGGAUAUGACUCUACUUGUGGCGUGGUCUCGAGGCUGGAGCAGCCUGCCCCUGUGGACAGUGUGCUUGUUGAAGUCCUGAAGAGACAAGGGGCCAUUCCCUUUGUGAAGACCAAUAUCCCUCAGAGCAUGUUAAAUUACGACUGUGGCAACCCCAUCUACGGGCAGACUUUGCACCCCAGGAACCCGCAGAAGACCCCUGGAGGUUCGUCUGGUGGUGAGGGCGCUCUCAUUGCGACAGGAGGCUCUUUGCUUGGCUGUGGCACUGAUAUCGGGGGCAGCAUUCGAUUUCCUGCGUCCUUUUGUGGGAUUUGUGGGUUCAAACCCACCGCAGGCAGGCUGAGUUCAAAAGGAAUAUCAUCUAUCAGUCGGGGACAAAAAUCAGUGCUGGCGAGUGUGGGCCCCCUGGCCAGGGAUGUGGACAGCCUGGCUUUGUUUAUGCAGGCUGUGCUGUGUGACCACCUGUUCUCCCUGGACCCCACAGUUCCACCCAUACCUUUUAACUUAGAGAUCUACCAGAGCUCCAGGCCUCUGAGGAUUGGUUACUUUGAAGAUGAUAGCUACCAGCAGCCAUCUCCAAGCAUGAUCCGAAGUCUCAGAGAGGUCAAAGCGCUGUUGGAGAGAGCUGGGCACACUGUUGUGCCCUUCACUCUCCCUAGGAUCCGAUAUGCCCUGAUGGAGCUGACGUUAAAGGGUGUGCUAGCAGACGGAGGUGUCACCAUGCUCAACAGCUUGAAAGGAUGCCCUCUGGACCCGUGUCUCUCUUCGCAGAUUUUGCCUUACUACUUACCCAACCCUGUCAAGAAACUCCUCUCCUUCCUCCUCAAGCCCCUGUUUCCUCGAGGAGCUGCCAGCCUCAAUUCUCUGCGUGGAGUUGGGUCUGUUCCAGGUCUGUGGAAACAGCAUGCCAGUGUGGAGGAUUACAUCCAUGAGACUAUAGCGGAGUGGAGAAGGUGUGAGUUGGAUGUGCUGCUCUGCCCCAUGCUUGGACCAGCUUUCAAAGCGCUCUACCCUGGCAAGCUCACCUGUGCUACCUCCUACACCAUAAUCUAUAAUGCCCUCAACUUUCCUGCUGGUGCUGUACCGGUGGACACGGUGACAGCAGAGGACGAGGAGGAGCUCAAACACUAUGAGGGCAAAUUUAAAGAUUUUUGGGACAGGCUCUUCAAAGAGGCUGUGAGCGGAGCUGAGGGUUUGCCCACGGCUGUGCAGUGUGUCGCCCUGCCCUGGCAGGAUGAGCUCUGCCUGCGCUUCAUGAGGGAGGUGGAACAGCUGGUCAAGCAGAACCGAAAGUGAGAUGUGAAGAGCAAAUUGAGAGAAAAACAAAAAUUGCACCAACUAAAAUUAUGCAAAACGGUCAAAAUCUACCUUCAGAAGAAAUUCUAUUUUUAGAUACUGCAAAAUAACUAUUGAUUUUUUUUUUUUUUUUUUUUUUUUUGGAUGUUUGCCCACACUCCUUAUUAUAUUUUUUAAGUGUGUAAAUUGAUGCAGUCGUACAUUGGACUAAUUGUUAUGCCUAUAUAGUGACCAUAUCCAAUCACUGGAACCAUGUUCCAGUGAUUGCUGCCUCUCCUACAAAGGUUAUGUUUUUGCUUCAGGUAGUUUGUCCUUCUGUCUCUCAGCAGGAAUCUCAGAAACUCAUGAAAUGCUCAAUGUAUCUCCAGUAAGUUUGGUGGACAGAUGGUGGCACACCCCACCCAACUUUUUACACCGUAGGGUUAUACAUAUUUCAGCUCAACUUGAAACAGUAAAGUUUUCUCAGUGGUAAGCGAGCGACUGCUGAUGUUUUACAGUUCAGCACUGUUAUAUUUAACUGAUUGUCAAUUAAGAAGCAUUUAAUUUAACUGGAGAAUAAUAUACACUCACCAGCCACUUUAUAAGAUCCACCUUGCUAGAACCAGGUUGGACCCCCUUUGUCUUCAGGACUUCCUUAAUUGUUGGUGGUAUAGAUUCAGUAAGGUCCUGGAAACACUCCUCACAGAUUUUGGUCCAUACUGACAUGACAGCAUUAUGCAGUUGCUGCAGAUUUGUUGGCUGCACAUCCAUGAUGCCAAUUUCCUGUUCCACCACAUCCCAAAGGUGCUUGAGAUCUGGUGACAGCAGAGGCCAUUUGAGUACAAUGAACUCACUGUCAUGUUCAAGAAACCAGUUUUAGAUGAUCUGAGCUUUGUGCCAUGGUGCGUUAUCCUGCUGGAAAAAGCCAUCAGGAGAUGGGACACUUUGGUUAUCAAGGGAUGAACCUGGUCAGCAACAACACUCAGGGAGGCCAUGGUGUUUAAAUGAUGCUCAGUUGGUACUAAGAAAGUCUCUCCCACACCAUGACACCGCCAGCAGCCUGAACCAUUGAUUCAGUGCAGGAUGGAUCCAUGCUUUCAUUCUGUUUACACCAACUUCUGACCUUACCAUUCGAAUGUCGCAGCAGAAAUGGAGACAUUUUUCCAAUCUUCUAUUUUCCAGUUUUGGUGAGCCCUUGAAUUGUAGCCUCAGGUUCCUGUUCUUAGCUGACAGGUGUGGUACACAGUGUGGUCUUCUGCUGCUGUAGCCCAUCUGCUUCAAGGUCUAAUGUGCUGUGCGUUCAGAGAUGCUCUUCUGGACACCUAAGUUGGAACAAGUCAGCUCGACCCAGUCUGGCCAUUCUCCUCUGACCUCUGGCAUCAACAAGGCAUUUUCACCCAGAGAACUGUCACUCACUGGAUAUUUUCUCUUUUUCAAACCAUUCUCUGUAAAACCCACAGAUGGUUGUGUAUGAAGAAAAUGUUAUAUCAGCAGUUUCUGAAAUACUCAGACCAACAACCAUGCCAUGUUUUAAGUCUUAAAUCACCUUUCUUCCCCAUCCUGAUCAGCUCAGUUUGAACUUCAGCAGAUCGUCUUGACCAUGUCUGCAUGCCUAAAUGCACUGAGUUGAUGGUUAGAUAUUUGUGUUAGCAAAUAGUUGAACAGGUGUACCUAAUAAAAUGGCUGGUGAAUAUAUAUUUAAUAUGCAAAAAAUGUAUAAUUUUAAGAAAAUAACAGGUGACAUUUUUUGUUUUCCUUUAAUAAACUUUUGAUACAUUUGAACAUAAAACAAUGUUAAAUCUCAACAUUUCUGUAAGUUUACAAGUUAAAUACGCCAGCAAUAUCCAUGAGGAUAAUUAUCAUAAAUGGGUCUUUUUGUUAGUGGAUGUGAAAGCCAGAAUAAUUACACAUCUGCUUGUUUUGGUUUGAUAGCUCUGGCACUGCUGUAGUAUUUCAGCCAGUGUAGCAGGAACGGUUGCAGCUACACACUUUAGAGCAAGGGUUCUCUAACUAUGGGUCCUGACCCACUGGCGUGUCCCUGUGUGGGGACAGGUGGAUCCGGGGAUUCUGCAUAAAUGUGUUUUCUCAGUAACUGCAGUGCAAUGCUGUGAAAGGGACAAUGACCAGAGAGUGGUAACAGCCUUUUUAUCUAUCUAACAACAUUUAAAGGUACAAACUUUUUAAAACCUGAUGCACUGCCUAAAACAAUACAAAUCAUACACUCCAUAAAUGAAAAAGGUACCACAUGAGAAGUGUAAUAAAUUGUUAAUUGCAGUUUUGGAGCCUGUUUUGAAAUAUUUUUAGGCUUAAAACUUAAAAUUUUGAUGUUGAUGUUUUUCAGUUGUACAAAUUUAAAUGAUAUUUAAUGGUCAGCAAAUAAUACAUUUUGUUUGUUUGUUCAUAUGGAAUGUAAUAACAUCACAUUUACCCACAAAAACAGAUAAACGCCAUUCCUGUUGUCCAUUAAGUUUUGCAUCCUUUCUCAAUCCAAAAAACAUUUCCUAUAAACAUGGUUUAUAAAAAUGAGUGUAAUUGGAGAUGUGUUGCAAAUAAACUUUUAAAAUAUUGAAGGAUUGUUUGGAUUCAAU